CGAAACUUCCAACCAUCGGCGGCAGCCUUCCCCAAUCUCGGCGCCUCCUUAACCUCUUCAUCUUUACAUGCUCCUCUCUUCCUCUCGAAGCACACCAAAUUAGGUCAGAGCAGAGCAGGUGGAGGAACUCUCCUCUGCCUCCCGCUCCUUCCCCGAAGCCUCUUCCUCAGCUCUCUCUACUCCAUCCAUUGGUGUUGCUGUGGUACAAGACAACUCAUAGUCAAUAUAAUUACUCACGCCAUCACAACCUAAUCUGAUGGAGAGGUGGUUGAUUACCGCUACCCAAUAGCAAGCGCCGAAGAAGUGGUUGCCCGCAAUGACGAUCGCCGUCUCCGACCCCCUUCGUCUCCUCUUCAGCGCCUUCUGCUUGCUUCUCUUGCUGGAUCUCUCCCUCUCCCAGAACUCCUCCUCCUGCCCCCUCGACUUCUCCGUGACCCAGAAGUUCGUCUCCGCCGCCGCUUCGUCCCCUAACUCUUCCGACUCUGCCCACAGCUGCACCUACGCCCUCCAGCUCCUCCACCUCACCCUCUCCCAGUACCUGCGUACCGACUCGCUGUUCCACCCCCCCGUCGACGCCGCCGCCGCCUGCUGGACGGCCUUCCAGGCCGCCCUCGCGCCGCUGUUCUCCGCGGCUGACCCCUUCGAUGUCCGCACCGGAUGCGGGUUCCGCACCGAGUGGAUCGCCCAGGGGUGCAUGAACAUCACCUCCCGGCAGGAUUUCGAGAACGUGGUGCCGUCCGCCGGCAUCAGCGACAUGGACCGCAACUGCAACCAGUCUUUCCAGACCACGCCCGCCUGCACCGCCUGCACCGUCAGCCUUAACCGCGUCAAGGCCGCCUACCUUCCCGGUCCUAACCACGGGAAUGUCUCCGACUGCGCCUCCUACCCCGCCAUCUACGCCGGCGGCGCCAUUAGCAGCUUGGGCCCCUCGGACGGCGCCAACGCCUACUGCUUCUUCCUCCUCAGCCCCAACACGUCUGCCCCUUCCCCCUCCGGCGGCGGCUCCAGCACUUGGAUCUACGGCGUCGCCGCCGGCUGCUUCGUGCUCCUCCUGCUCGCCGCUCUCGCGGCUUGGUUCUGGGUCAGACGCUAUCUGAAUCGGCGGAGGAAGCUGCGGAGGAAGCCCUCGAAGCCGGAGGUCGAACCCUCGCUGGCACUGGAGUCGAUCAGCGCGAGCACAACCCUAGUCAAGUUCAGAUUCGACGACAUCAAGCAGGCCACUAAGAACUUCUCCAGGGACAACAUCAUCGGCCGCGGAGGCUACGGCAACGUCUACAAGGGCGUGCUGGCCGACGGCACCGAGGUCGCGCUGAAGCGAUUCAAGAACUGCUCGGCCGCAGGGGACGCGAGCUUCGCCCACGAGGUGGAGGUGAUCGCGAGCGUCCGCCACGUGAACCUCGUUGCUUUGCGAGGCUACUGCCUCGCCACCACCCAGAUGGAGGGGCACCAGCGGAUCAUCGUCUGCGACCUGAUGCAGAAUGGGAGCCUCCAUGACCACCUUUUCGGCACCGGGGAUCACCGGCUCAGUUGGCCCUUGCGGCAGAAGAUCGCUCUCGGAACUGCCAGGGGAUUGGCGUACCUGCACGACGGAGUUCAACCGGCCAUAAUCCACAGGGACAUAAAGGCAAGCAACAUUCUUUUGGAUGAGAUGUUUGAGCCCAAAGUAGCGGACUUUGGCUUGGCGAGGUUUGCGCCGGAGGGGAUGUCACAUGUGAGCACCAGGGUGGCUGGAACUCUUGGAUAUGUUGCUCCGGAAUAUGCCUUGUAUGGACAAUUGACUGAGAAGAGUGAUGUGUACAGCUUUGGAGUUGUCUUACUGGAACUCCUCAGUGGAAAGAAGGCAUUUGUUUCCAUGGGUGAGGGACAAGCGUUUGUACUGAGCGACUGGGCUUGGUCAUUGGUUCGAAGAGGGAGGACAAUGGCUGUUCUUGAGGAGGGGAUGGAGGAAUUGGGGCCAACAGAAGUGUUGGAGAAGUAUGUACUUGUUGCUGUCCUCUGUACCCAUCCUCAGUUGCAUGCAAGGCCUAAGAUGGAUCAGAUUGUGAAGAUAUUGGAGACUGAUUUGGCAGUCCCUUCAAUCCCAGACCGGCCAAUCUCAAUUGUGUCAAACAUUGAGGAUAUUGAAAGAUCUGUGAGCAGUAGUGGUUCAGGUCAGCUAUCUAGUUUUGCUGGGUACCAGCCAUUUGCUUUCGGAAAUGAUGAGGUUAGUUCUGAUGAUUCAGAAAAAGCAUGACACCACGGUCAUCUGACUGGACCAGUUCCAGAAUCGUUUGGGGAGGCUGAUACAGAAUAAAUUAAUUGCAAGAGAUCUCUCUGGUAUGCAAUGGUUUGCAUUUCUUAAUUGCAUCAUUUGGUACCUGGGAUGCAAAAGCAUCGCAUUCUGUUGUAUAUAGUGUCAAGUUAUCUUUUCCCCCAUUUGAGGAGGGAGUAGGUCUUCGGUGUCUGCCAUAUGUUAAGUAAACUCCAAGGAUCUCAUUCUUUCA